AUGGACAAGUCGUCUGCUGCCAUGGGCAGCACUGGUGUUGUUGACCAGCCCAGCAACAACUUGUCCUGCUUAUCAAACGGCCCGAAAGGACCUUCAAUACCGCAGUCAAGCAGCGCAACGACUGGAAGCCAGACGUCAAGGCAGUCAUCGUCGACAAACUCGGUUGCGCAGUCACCAGCUGCGUCUCGAGACGGAUCGCCGUCUCGUCAGCCCCGGAGGGCCACAUCAUCAACACGACUCUCGAAUUCCAGGUCACGCAAGAACAGCCAGCAGGACCCGAGUCCCACACGGCAGCAAGCCCGCAAUGGAAGCCAAGAUCAAACGACGCCGAUACGUGCAUUGUCAUCGACGAAUGCCCCGGAUUUACGACCAGCAGCCCGAGAACCAUCGAUGCAUUCACCGACGCCGCAGAAGCCGACGGCCAUUCCCGAUCUGAGGGACAGUCCCCGCUGGUCAUUGUCACCGCGCCUGCGCUCACCUCCACCACACCUAGCCCGGCCCAUGGCGGCAGCAACGCCGACGAGAUGCCAUGACGUGGAUUUCCCCGUCAUCAACGUUCAACGGCCGAGUCCCUCGCCGCAAGCUUCACACCCGAAUGCGUCCGCUUCGGAAAGCGAGUUUGAUGAAGCUCACACUCCGUCUGGGAUGCGGACUCCGGUUCGAGGCCUGUUGGAGACGGUGCAGGAAGUGAGCCAGAACAACUCCCCCGCGCGUGCCGGUGACUCGACCUUGAUGGAGCAGCUCAAGGAAAAACUUGCCGCCCCAGAAGCGCACUCCGAUGGCGCCCUCAGCGACGGUGGUAGCACUCUCAAGUCCAAGACCAAGACUCUGCAAGAACACGGCGCCGAAAACGGAACCUGCCGUGCCGACCUGAGGCGAACGAGCUCGGUUCCUCCACCCCCCCUGGUCACGAGGCAGUCGAGCGCCAUGUCGGCGAAGCAAAGCAAGGCAAAGCCAGAGACGGGCUCGACUCAGAGCAUGACGGUAGAGACGGAAACUGUUUGCAGCAUUCCGCAGGUAUCCCUCACCACCGGGGCCAAGGAUGGUGGCAGCGGCACCUUGAGGGCCAAGCCAAGCACCGAGACGAUAAAACCCAAGAAGGACAAGAAAAGAACCACCCGGAAGCAGCCGGCGGUGAACUCGGGGGCUGCAUCUUCCAAAGCCGACAACUUCGAAGCCAAGAUUGCCAGUGCUGUUGACGAAGCCAACACAUCCGAUUCGGAGGAGACGUUCGUAUACGACUCCAACCCCCCCGACAACUCUGAGCGUUCAAACCGUCGCUUCCAUUCGCGAACACCUAGUGCAACGUCCAUGGCCAGCCAGGCCGAUCGGCCCAACCUACGCUCCAUCUACGGCGUCAUGGAGGCCAGCAGCCACGGCCCCGUUCCGAAAAAGAGCAUGAAGUUCGUCAACACGUUUAGCGGCAAUGCCAGCGACAGCCUCACGCCCGGGGACGAAGACGGCAAGGGCAGCGGACGGAGUGCUGGCGGGUCGGGUAGAGGAACCGUGAGACACCAUCAUCACAUUGGCAGAUGGGGUCGACAGCCCGGCAACGGACACGCCUCCCUCUUCGAUAACGAAUCUCCGUUCCCCGGUGCCGCCAAAUCCAAGUUUUCUUCCAACCACGGCAGCAACUCCCGCAACGCCUCGGGGCCCCCAAGCCCGCGCAAUUUCCACUCCACUCGCGGUCCCCUGAAUACCAAGCGAUCCACGAUGCAGAUAUCGUCAAGUUACGACCUGGAUGAUACAACGGGGGCCGAUGAUGAGAGGACUCCGUUGAUGAGCACGCUACGGUCGUCGCGAGGGAACAGGAGCAGACGCGGACCGCACAAUCUCCGGCAGGCGGAAUCCCAAACGUACACCAGGCGAUCGUCGUAUCUCAACCGCUUCGCGGCGUGCCUGGUGCUCACCAUGAUGUUGCUGCUUGUGAUUACGGGGGCCAUCGGGCUCAUGUUUGCGACGUCUCAGCCAAUGACGGGCAUCGAAAUAGUGUCAAUCAACAACGUUGUCACCAGCGAGCAAGUCCUGAUGUUCGACUUGGCUGUCAAGGCACACAAUCCGAACAUUGUCGUGGUCACCAUCGACCAUGCCAACCUGGAGAUUUUCGCCAAGUCAGAAUACGCAGGCACAGACUCGGACUGGUGGGAUCGUCCCGACGGACCCAGUGGUGAUGCCGCUGCUCGCGAUGCUCCCGAUGGCGCUCCAGCGGGACCCGGAGCCGGCGACGGCGAGGAUGAUUCGAGGCCCAACAUUCUCCUAGGACGCAUCACGGAAUUCGACAGCCCCCUGACGUUUGAAGGUUCUCUGUUCCACCAAGGCAGCUCUUCUUCCACCGGAGAGAUGCAGCUCCGCUACCCCGGCAACGGUACCGCAGGUGGAGCUGCGCGCUGGGAGAAGAUUUACCAGAACGAGUUCGACCUCAUUGUGAAGGGGGUGGUCAAGUACAGCUUACCGCUAAGCGCUCACAUUCGCAGUGCAACGGUGUCUGGUCGGAGGACUGUCAAGCCAAACUCGGCCAACAAUCCAUCCCACAAUCCCAACGGCACGGUGACGGGCCGGUGA